AUGAUAGAAACUGGAUCUCAAUAUUUAUUAUUUCUACUAUUUAUUUGUUCUUUAUUUAAUUCUGGUUCAACAGCAUUACAACAUGAGGAUCGUGUUCCAAAUGCACCACAAAACGUUCGUAUCAAGACCCAAUCCACAUCAGCCACCUUAUGGUGGGAUGCACCUCCGGAUCCUACAGUUUUAAUUAGAGGAUAUACUGUAGAGUAUGGAGAAGGAAGUAUUUCACAGAGAAUUCUUAUUGAAGGACCAGAUAGCACUUCAUUUACUGUUACUAGACUUUCGCCAAAUACAAAUUACGUGUUUGCUGUUUCUGCGUACAAUGAAGCAGAGGGAGAGGAUGGUACAAAAGUUAUGGUUGCUGCAAAAACUAGGCCAUCAGAAGGAAGUCAAACAGAAAAACUAUGGCCUCCGACUUCUGUUCGUGCAAGAAUCGAUGAAAAAUCAGCCGCUGGAAGUGCAUUUGUAUCAUGGGACGAUCCGAAUCCGGAGAGCUCAUCUGAAAAUUCAAUUGAUUCGACACAAAAACAAUAUGUUAUUAAUUAUGGAAUAUACGAAAGUGAUACGCAACAAAAGGUACGUUCAAAUGCGAAAGCAGUUCGUUUAACCGGGUUAAUACCUGGCAAAGAAUAUGAAGUAGCUGUAAAAGUGGUGGCUGGGGAUGGAAGGGAAAGUCCAUGGAGUAUUAGAGAUUUGUUUUUAGUUCCCGAGACGAAAACAGUUUCGAAGUUUGAUUGGUUCUGUCGUCUUAAUGACACUGAAAUGUGCUCAAUCCAUAGCUCUCCUCACUGGAAACUUUGCUCUGAAAAACAUGAUACUUACACUCAACGUGACGCAGGAGCAUGCCCACGAGUACAGUAUCCAUCAUCACCUGCACAUCUAACAACACCAGCUAUCAAUCUACCAGAUGCUCAACGAUUGUGUUUAUACUUCAGAUUUGCAUUACUCAACUUUCAUCCCGGUCAAAUGAAAGUAGAAAUCUUUCGUGAUGGAGAUAUGGCCAAUAAACAAAUUGUUUGGAAAACUCGAAUGGCAAAUGUUCGAACUCAUGUUGUUCAAAACGUCUAUGUUCCAUUUUCUCAACAGAUAAAGCCAUUCAAGGUAUCAGUUUCUCUCAAAUGGGAUGGUCAACCAAUGCCACGUGUAAUUGUUCAUGAAAUGGAUGUACUGAGUGGGGGUUGUUCAGAAAGAUCAACUGAUUCUGAAACGGAAGUAGAUUUAUUGGCUCCAGUUAAAGCAUCUUUAAAUGCAGACGCACGGGUUUUUAGAGCCAAAGGAAUUGAAUCUUUGCCAGCAAUCGGGUUACAGAGAGGUGUUGAAAUUGCAGUCCCUUAUCGAUUAUAUUUGCCACGAAAUUUUUUCAAACAAUUUUCUCUACUUGCCACUAUCAAGCCAAUGGAUAAACGAGGUGGUUAUCUAUUUGCUGCAGUUAAUGCAUAUGAUUCAGCAGUUGAUAUUGGAUUGCUUAUUGAACCAGCAGGAACAAAGCAAACGAAUAUUUCACUGAUAGUUCGUUCUGUGGCAAUUGUAUCGUUUCUUGUCGAAGAUUUCUCUCAGCAAUGGACACAAUUUGCAUUAGAAGUUGUAGAUCAAACUGUCACAUUUUACUUCAAAUGCAGACGUUUUGCAUCAAGACAGGUUACCUCUCUCCCUGAUUUCUCAUUUGAUGAAGCAGAGAAGCUUUAUAUUGCAAGUGCAGGACCAAUCAUCGAUAACGGAUUUGAGGGAGCUAUUCAAGAACUUAAAUUAAUUGAUGAUGCUACACAAGGUUCACGACAGUGUGAUGAACAAUGGGGUGCUGAAGGUUCGGGUACUCCAGAAGAAUUCAAGAAAACUCAAGAAUCAUCGGAACUUCAAAAGAUAUCCGAUUUUCCACCGACACCUGCUCCCCCACCCCCAUACCCAACACCUCAGUUGGCUCCACAUGAUCUACGCUCAUACGAACAACAAGCUGCGACAACUCCAUUCCAAGGUGCCCCACCUUCCAAUCAAUGCACUCAAGUUUGUCGUGGAGAACCGGGACCUCAAGGUCCAUCAGGAAACGAUGGAAUCCCUGGAUCACACGGAGCUCCGGGUCAUCAAGGAGAAAGAGGAGCUGAUGGUGCUCCAGGACUUCAUGGAUCCCGUGGUGAUCAGGGGCUGCCAGGUCCACCUGGUAUGCCUGGCCUUGCCGGACCACCUGGACCACCUGGUUCAGGUACUGGACAUGGAUCUGGAGCUGAUGGGCCACAAGGACCACCGGGACUUCCUGGAGCUCCUGGAAGAGAUGGAACAUCGGGAGUUGAAGGACAAAGAGGACCUCAAGGACCACCUGGACCAAAAGGAGAUGAUGGUGUUAGUAUGGAAAGUCUUACUGAUGAUGAUAUUGAAAGAAUUGCAAGAAGAGUAGCAUCAAUUCAAAAAGAAUCAAAUGAACCAAUGAGAGGAGACCUCCCAGAAUACAAUUCAAAAGUUCAUAGUUUCACAACAAAAGGAGAAAAGGGAGAACGAGGCGCGCCUGGUGCCCCGGGAGCACCAGCACCACCAGCUUAUGGAACACUCACCACUGGAACUGCAGUAAAUGUUCAUGCAACCACGGUGGAGUUAUUCGCCUCAGCCCGUUCUACGUCAGUUGGGCAACUGGCAUUUGCCACGUCAUCUCAACAAUUAUUCAUUCGUGUUACAAACGGAUGGAAAGAAAUUCAAUUAACCCAUUUCCAUCCAUUUGUAGAAACAAGACAUUCAACGCAAAACUCUCGACAAAACGAUGCAAGUCACGCGGGAAGAUCAAGAACUGGAUCAGCAGCUGCUCCAUGGUACCCAAAAGCAAAUCUUGAUGAACCACAGAGAGAUGCGGGAGUUCAUAAUAAAGAUCGAGUUAUUCAUAUGAUUGCCCUGUCACAACCAUUCUCUGGUAAUCUUCACGGGCUCCGAGGAGCAGAUCUUCAAUGUUAUCGUGAAGCUCGUGCAGCUGGAUAUACUACAACAUUCCGUGCAAUGCUUUCGAGUAAUGUACAGGAUUUGGUUAGAAUUGUGCAUUCCGUUGAUUUUGACACAACUGUUGUGAAUGUUGCUGGACAUCAUUUGUUCCCAAGUUGGAGAUCAUUUGUCAAUGGAGCACAAAUGAAUCCUCAUGCCAAACUUUUCUCAUUCGAUAGACAUGAUGUGCUCAACGAUUCUAGAUGGCCAGAUAAGCGAGUUUGGCAUGGAUCCAAAGAUGGUGGAAUAAGAGCUGAACAAUACUGUGAUGGAUGGAGAAGAGCCGAUUCAUCUCUGACUUCUUUGGCAGGUCACAUCUCAUCGAAUACAAGCAUUUUCCAAUCAAGUGGAUCCGAAAAAUGUGAAAAUAAAUUAGUGGUAUUGUGUGUUGAGAACAUGUCCAAGUAUCACGGUGACCGAAUUCUCCGCUUGCAUCGAAUCACAUCCGACUUCAAAAAAUGAACGACUUCCAAUAUAGAAUUUCAAUUUUAAAAUUGUUUUAAAUGAUUAUACCCCAACCUUACGAUGAAAAAAUCUCGAACCCCCCCUGAAAAACGGCUUCAUUCACUCAUUUUGCUUUGUUUUCUAUUUUGAAUUAAACCAAAAAAAUCUUUCCGAAUUUGAUUUUGAUAACUGCCACGUAUUUUCUCAAUUUUAUUGUGAACGUAUUUCAAAAAAAUACAAUUUACAAAGCCUUCAAAUUACACAUGACGAGCAAUAUUAGUUUGAUGUGAGUACUAUAGAUACAUACAUGUUACAAAUGAAAUGUUUAUCGAUGA